UAACUGUCAACUGUGUUUGCUUGACGGCUUUUUUCGGUGCGUGCUUCGUAAAAUUUUGUAUUCCAGAUUUUGCAGUUUUACCGUUCCGAAUUUUGUCUCGAAAUGACCGACGUGAUUAGUGCGGUUACUGCCGAACUGGAGGAGUUAGCGGAAAAAACCGCACCGACGUUAUCAGGGCCAAUUGUGGGCAUAAUUUAUCCUCCACCUGAGGUUCGCAAUAUUGUGGACAAAACAGCCAGCUUUGUAGCUCGAAAUGGACCGGAAUUCGAAAGCCGUAUUCGGCAGAACGAGUUGGGUAAUCCGAAGUUCAACUUUUUGAGUCUAGGUGAUCCUUAUCAUGCCUACUACCAGCACAAGGUGCGGGAAAUCCGGGAAGGUAGAAAUGAUGUUAGUUCGGCGGUAGUUCCGGCCGGCAUUCAACAGUUGAAGAGCGCUGCAAGCGCGGCUGCUCAGCUUAAGCAGCAAGAGUUGCUGAAAGCCGUUCGCGAAGAACAAUUCGUACCAAAAGAUCCUCCGCCGGAGUUCGAAUUUAUAGCCGAUCCUCCAUCGAUUUCGGCCUUGGAUUUAGAUAUCGUAAAACUUACGGCUCAGUUUGUGGCCAGAAAUGGACGUUUGUUUUUGACUAAUUUGAUGAACCGCGAGCAGCGGAACUAUCAGUUCGAUUUCUUGCGGCCGCAGCAUUCUCUGUUUCAGUACUUUACUAAGCUUUUGGAGCAGUACACGAAAAUCUUGGUUCCCCCAAAAGAUCUUAUGAACAAGUUAAAAAUUGAGAGUGCACCUGGACGCAGCAGCAUGAACGUAGUUUUGGAGCAAGUCAAGUACCGAGCGAACUGGAAUAAGCACCAGGACAUGCAGAGGCGCAGAGAAGAGGAGAAGGUUGAACGCGAACGAGUUGCUUAUGCUCAAAUCGAUUGGCACGACUUUGUUGUGGUCGAAGUGGUGGAUUAUCAGCCGUAUGAGAGUGGUAAUUUCCCACCGCCGACGACUCCGGAUGAGGUUGGUGCACGAGUUCUGAUGGAGGAACGUCUAACCGAAGAUGACCACGAUAUCGAAAUGCAAAUCGAGUCCGAUGAUGAGGAAAGUGACGACGAUCGACCGGUGACAACUAACAUCAAGCUGUCGAGAAUGGAGAAUCGACUUGGACAAGUAUCUGCGAUGCGGAAGGACAACAAUCAAAUUCAGGAUAUGGACGAGUCGAGCUCCUCUAGCGAUGAUGAUGAACCGGAGAGACCGGGACGUGAGAAGCCUGUUUCGCAGGCACCGCAGCCGCCACCGGUUGCCCCACCGACUCACGAUAAAGUCAUCGUUAAGAAAUACGAUCCGAAGCAAGCUCAAAAAACUCAAAAACCACCAGCGGUUACGGUUGGUGAUGAUUAUCUUAUUUCGCCAAUCACCGGCGAAAAAAUUCCUGCCUCCAAGGUGGCGGAACAUAUGCGCAUUGGAUUAUUGGAUCCACGUUGGGUCGAACAGCGGGACAAACACAUUGAGAAAGUUGCCCAGGAGAAUGUAUAUGCUCCGGGAGCCGCAAUUGAGGCAAGUUUGAAACAAUUGGCUGAACGUCGUACCGAUAUUUUCGGUGUGGGCGAUGAAGAAGCAGCCAUCGGUAAGAAACUCGGUGAAGAGGAAACUAAAAAGGACGAUCGUGUUACAUGGGAUGGACAUACAUCUAGUGUUGAAGCGGCCACAAGAGCUGCCAGAGCGAAUAUUACUCUAGAGGCUCAAAUUCAUCAGAUUCACAAGAGCAAAGGAUUAAUCACCGAUGAGGAGAAGGAAAAAAUUGGACCGAAGCCGAUUCCGGGAACGGUUGCGGUAGCACCUCCCAAACCUUCUGGUUCAGUUCCGCAACCGCCACCACAUACAACUGCAUCGCAGUCCCAUCCACCGCCUCCACCGAAGCCGAUUCAAGUUCCGCAACAUCAUCAGCAUCACCAACAGGUUCAACCGCCUCCGCCGAUGAUGAUGCCCAUGGGCAUGGGAAUGGGACCACCACCAAUGAUGCCACCUCCGUUCGGGGUAGGUUUCGGAGUACCCCCAAUGCCACCGCACGGUGUACCACAGAUGGCACCACCGCAAAACCUUGCCGAACCUCCAUCCGGUGGUGGUCCGCCGAUCGACUUGGAUGAGCCACCGAACAAAAAGUCCCGCACCGAGGACCAUCUUAUCGAGGAGAACGUUUUCAUGCAGCGCCACAAAGGCCCCGUUACGGUACAGGUGCAGUGUCCGAAUCUGGCCGAAAAGAGCGAGUGGAAGCUGAGUGGACAAACCAUCGCCAUGCAGUUACAGCUGACGGACAGUGUCGCUGUGAUGAAGAGUAAGCUGCAGGCGGAAACUGGGAUGCCACCGGCCAAGCAGAAAAUUUUCUACGAGGGCAUGUUUUUCAAAGACAGCAACACGGUUGCUUACUACAACUUAUUGAGCGGGGCAACCGUUCACUUGCAACUGAAGGAACGUGGAGGUCGCAAAAAGUAAAUGGGUGCAAUCAUCGCCGGGCACCGUUUAGUAUAAGGUAAAUUUCUUUCUCACUAUAUUAUCGAGAGUAUAAAAUCAGCUUUGCUGCUCAGUAAUAGAGAGUAAUUAACAAAUAUUUUUAUUAUAUUCCUAAAUGACAACGCGUCUAAUCAAUAAUAAAAUCAACAAUAUAAGUGCUAGUACUUUCA